UCCAAGCAGACUGUCCUGAUGGGGAAGUUUUCCUGCAUUAGCCAUCUGCUGUCUGAGCCAGGUGAUUUCCUGGAGGAGCAGCUACCUGAGAUAUCUCUUGCAGACCUUUCACACAGUCUUGAAUCCUCCCGUGUGAGCAGUUCUGCAGUUUUGUCUGUCAGCUCCAGACUUACAGAAGUAGCAGUUUCCAAGAACUUAAGUACUGAGGGCAACAGAAUGCCGGCAAAACCCCCUGUUUCGCUGAAAAACUCCCUGAUAUUUCAAGAAACGACUGCAGAGGAAGUAUCUGGGGAAAGAAACCAAGUCCAGUCAAGUUCUUGGAGCUCUCCUUCACAGAAACCUGAUACCAGGCCACUACAGGACUUGAACAAUGCCAGGGUUGUGUCUCACUCCAGCUCAGAGGAAGCAUCAGGGCGCUCAUCUAGGCGGAAACGGAAGCCAACCUGCUACAAAGAGCCAUCAAUCAGCAGCAAACUGAGGCAGGGUGACCCAUUUACAGACACUGAGUUCCUCCACUCUUCUCUCUGCAAAAACAAGCCAAAGCCAGUCAAGGCCAAGCAAAUGACCAAGAAGAUGAAAGAGAACAAAGAACAGCUUCCUGAAGGAUCUCUCAGUGCCAAGGCAGGCAAGUUGGUAACAGCAGAAAGGAUUAGAAUGGUAGUUGAAAGCAGCCCCCAGGCUCCUAGAAGCUCGUGCAUUUAGCCACAAGGCUAUGGCUUUGAACACAGAGGCCCAAACAAAGAUGGAAGUGGCUGACCAGGCAGAUGAACUAUUCCA